GCGGGCGCGGCGGAGCCGACGGGCUCGGCAGCCUGGGGCGCCGGGCGUCUCGGAGCCCGGAGCUUCGGUGCGGAUAGCUGGUCGAGCCGCACGGCGGGGUCUUUUUUAGUUCUGGCUGUCCUGGAACUCCAUAUGUAGAUCAGACAAAUGAAGAGAAAACAAUGUCUGCCAACCUAAAGUAUCUUUCCUUGGGAAUUUUGGUAUUUCAGACUACCAGUUUGGUUCUAACGAUGCGUUAUUCUAGGACUUUAAAAGAAGAAGGUCCUCGUUAUUUAUCUUCUACAGCAGUGGUUGUGGCUGAAUUUUUGAAGAUAAUGGCCUGCAUCUUUUUAGUCUACAAAGACAGUAAGUGUAGUGUGAGAACACUGAAUCGAGUACUACAUGAUGAAAUUCUCAAUAAACCCAUGGAAACACUUAAGCUUGCUAUUCCAUCAGGGAUAUACACUCUUCAGAACAAUCUACUCUAUGUGGCACUGUCAAACCUAGAUGCAGCCACUUACCAGGUUACAUACCAGUUGAAAAUACUCACAACAGCAUUAUUUUCUGUGUCUAUGCUUGGUAAAAAAUUAGGUGUGUUCCAGUGGCUUUCUCUAGUAAUUCUGAUGGCAGGAGUUGCUUUUGUACAGUGGCCUUCAGAUUCUCAAGAGCUGAAUUCUAAGGAACUUUCAACAGGCUCACAGUUUGUAGGCCUCAUGGCAGUUCUUACGGCAUGUUUUUCAAGUGGCUUUGCUGGAGUUUAUUUUGAGAAAAUCUUAAAAGAAACAAAACAAUCAGUAUGGAUACGAAACAUUCAGCUUGGUUUCUUUGGGAGUAUAUUUGGAUUAAUGGGUGUAUAUGUUUAUGAUGGAGAACUGGUAUCAAAGAAUGGAUUUUUUCAGGGAUACAAUCAACUGACAUGGACAGUUGUUGUUCUGCAGGCACUUGGAGGCCUUGUAAUAGCUGCUGUCAUUAAGUAUGCAGAUAAUAUUUUAAAAGGAUUUGCAACCUCCUUAUCCAUAAUAUUAUCAACAAUCAUAUCCUAUUUUUGGUUGCAAGAUUUUGUGCCAACCAGUGUCUUUUUCCUUGGAGCCAUCCUUGUAAUAGCAGCUACUUUCUUGUACGGGUAUGAUCCCAAACCUGCAGGAAAUCCCACUAAAGCAUAGUCAAGUACUAUCUUUAACUGCUUUUUCAUGAUGGUGCCCUAGGAAUCUCAACACUAAUCUUGCCCAGAGGAUUUCUGCAGAUUCUGUGAAGAAAUCAUCAUGCUAAAUCUGAUCAUACUAUUCGAAUGGUUUGAAAAUGUAUAGGCUUCAUGAUGAUAUGUGUACAUCAUCUGGAACCCACACUUAGAAGUGUGUCCAGGGAGUAGGAUUAGAGGGAUAGGGGGAGAAGCCUUUUUGUUGCUGUGGAACUGUCCAGUGCAGCCUUUGCAAGAGCACACAAAUGCAACCAAUGUUUGCAAGGUAGAGCUACUUUUGUCACAUGUUCCUAAUCUUACUCUUUCUGUACAGAUAUCAAAUUACAUGAAUUGUUCAAAGUUUGAAAAUUAUAAUUUGCCUAUAAAGCUGUGAACAAAAAAAAUAUAAUUUAAAACCAUUUUCAUGUAUCUGGGAUUUUUAUAUUCAUACAGAAGAUUACUAAGCAAAGGAUUGCUAAAUGUUAUUUGUUUAAUUAUAUAUAACUUGAUGAAGUAGUAGUCUGGGUUUGAAUCAUAUUUAAAUUUAGUGUAGAGAGAAUCUACUUUGUUUAUGUCUUCUGACCAUUUACUGCUUUGAGGCAGCUGAAUGCAAUUUGUUUUCUCAUAUGCUAGAGUAGUCAGCAUCUAUGACACUAAUGAAGUUUUAAUCAUUUUCCAUCUGUAUUUCUUUUCCAUAUAUAACAGAAAUUUUUAUUAUUACCUUAAAUUGAAUUUGUUUGUUUUGUCAUUAAAAAUUUUAACUGAAUUUAAAGGGAUUAAGUACUCAUUUAGUAAUUGAAAAUAAAAUAAUAAUUACUGUCCAGUCUCCAUAUGGAGAAAUCUGAAUUAUGAAGCAUAUAUUGUAUAUAAUUUUGAAAUGGAGAAUUUUCUUUUUAAUCUGCAGUAGGAAUUUCUCUUAAUCCACAACUUUUUACAGAAACAACAAGCAAAAAACUGGUAUUAGUCAUAUCAGUGGACCACAAACAAGCUGAUUUUAUUUGUAGACAUUCCUUACUGCAUAUUGGUUGUUUCGCUUUCUUAAGGCAGGGUCUCAUUAUGUAGACCAAGCUGGCUCAAACUCAUAGAGCUCUAUCUACCAGCCUCUUCCUUCCAAGUGCUGGGUUUAAAGAUGUGGGCAACCCUGCCCAGCAUUUUUUUUUUAUUUUAAUACAUAUAUUGUAUUUUUAAAUACAAUAAUAUAUUUUAAAAUAAUACAUUAUUUUAAAGGGCACUAUAAUUUAAUUCCUAAGGCUGUUUAGAAGCUUUUUGGUCUUAAAAGCCCACUAUCCCCAGACACACUCUGGUCAUGUAUCUGGGAGAGGUGGCUGCAUUCGGGGUUCCCUUUUUGUGUCCCCAUGAGUGCUGCUGGGAAGGAGCAACCAUUUGCUUUAAAAUAGAUUUUCUUUCUUGUUAGCACUGGAAUUGAUACAAAUUAUGAGUUAUUUAAUAAGCUGUUUCAAAGGAGAGAGACUAUAUUAGAAAUAGUAAAAUGAACUGGGAGGCAAAGAUGAAUUCUAUAUUUGGAAUGUUAUUUAUUGACUAUAUGCAGAUUACCUAUUGAAUAUGAGAUGUAUUUUACUUUAUUUUUUCAUUUAUAUUGUAUAUAUUUUAAAAGUUUGUUCUAAUAGAUACAAAAGGUAACUAUUUUUUAUGUAGUUCUAAUGGAUUUUUGUUAAAUGGAGUUUGACUCAAAAGCACUAUUGUUAAGAACUAUAAGGUCCCUUUGAAUAACUUGGACUGGCUAUUUGAUAUUGCUAGUGCAGAUAUACUCCCAACAGUGAACAUGCCUAACUAAUUCCAUUCCAAGUUUCAAAGUACAGAAUGUUUAAAGUCAUUGCACCAGCAAUGAUAAAGUGAUACCACGUUUUCUGAAUGCCAGGUUUAUGGGUUUUAGUGACCAUCUUUUAGGAAUUGAAUAACUCCAUUUUGAGUAUGGUGUGCAGCCACCACAGCAUUCAAUCUUAUGUCCUAGGACCUAUGACUAAGUGUACCUUAGAACUUGCAAAUAGGCAAAACUCUUGAGGGCAGAUUCAUGUUCCAGUCACAUAAAAGCAUUGUGUGGGCAAGUAUUUUAAUAGAAUGUGGAUUCACAACUAAUGGUUACUUAGAUUAGUAACCCCUGUCUUAACGAUACAGAAAUAAUAUGAAUAAGUUAUUGGACAUUAAGGUUGUUAAAGUAAUAACACAUUUUAGGUGUCUGAAAAAUCUAUUAGGCAUCAUAUUUUUCUUUUUGUUGUUUGUUUUUGUUUUGGUUUGCUAUUAUCUUUCUUCUUUUCUUUUUUCUUCAGGACACGGUUUCUCUGUGUAACCUUGGUGUCUUGGAUUUGCUUUGUAGACCAGGCUGGUCUCAAACUCACAGAGAUCUGCCUACAUCUGCCUCCCCAAGUCAUUUAUAUUUUUCUUUUCUAGUAAAUUUAAAAAUUUAAUUGAGCUGAAUGUAUAGUCUAAAAUUUUAUGAGGAAAUAAUCACAUUUGGGGAAGAAUGGGCUUGUAGCCUAGAUUUUGUCAUGCAUAUUGAUACUGAAAUUUUGUAUAAUGUAGUUAUUGUUUUGACGACAUUCAAAGGUGUUAUUGUGUCAUAUGUUUAUAUUAACUCUUUGAUUAUUUAAAUUUUAUGCUUUUAAAAGUAUACUUGUUAUUUCUCAGCUACUAUCUCUAAAAGAAUGUGUGAGUUCAUGGGGAAGAGAGCCAGCUGAAUGAGAGCUGUAUUAAUGUUAGGCACAGCACACUGGGAGGAAGCUCUACACCACAGACAGGCCCGCCAGUGCGGCAACAGCAGCUCUUUCCUGCGUGGUUCUCAAGUUGUAAGGUACUUCUAUAAUAGAAUAUGUAGUUUAAAGAGGCAGACUUUAAAUGUUUACACCGAUUUCUAUGGAAUGCCUCAUAAUUUCAUAUAAAGAAAAGGCAGUUAGAUAUUUAAACCAGAAUCUAUUAAAAAUUUCAAAAGGAAAUUGACAUCCUGCUCUGAACCCUAAAGUAGAAUAUUAUUCUUAUAAAUCAAAUACUAGACUUUUAAAAUGUCAUUCAAUACCUUCAUUCAACUGAGAUGUUUUUGAUUUGUUGGUUUUUUGGGUCAGGGUCUUACUGUGACCCUCUGGUUGUCCUGGAACUUGCUGUGUAGACUAGACUGGCCUGGAACUCACAGACAUCUGCCUGCCUCUGCCUUCUGAGUGCUGGGAUUAAAGGUGUGUGCUACCACUGCUAUCUGAGUUUUGUUUUGUUUUGUUUUAAAAGAUAGGCUUUAGCAUCACUCAUUCUAUUUAAACAUUCAUUGUAAAAAUAUUUGAUUACUAUAGAUAUAUCUUUACAUGGGAUUUAUAAAAAGUAUUUAUAUUAUAUUGAAAGUCAUCUCAAGAAGCUCCAAGAUAUUUGAAGUAGUUACAGGGCCAAAGAAAAUGCACCUUUAUUAAAAUCUGGUCCUAUGUGCCUUGCUUUACCAAAUAAAUACCUGACUUUUUUGGAGAAUAGUAUUUACAACUUUAGACACAUACUUGAAGUUGGGAUUUUUUUUUUUUCAAGAUUAACUAGCUUUUGGUUGUUUCAACAUUUGCUUUUCCAAUCUACUAUCUUACACCCUGAUACUAAGUAUUGAAGAUGCUAUCAAAGCAUCUAUGAACAGCACUUGCUUAAGUGACUUGUGGCACCUGCACCAUGAUUCAGGUUUGAGACUUUAACAUCUGUAUAUAAAUGUUUUUUGUUUUUUUUUUUUGUAAGACACAAUUUGUUGUGAUUUAAAACAAUAUUUUUAAAUGAUUUUGACCCUAAAUUGAUAUGUCUGUAUUUCGUUUACAUAAAGUGAUUCUUUGGGGCUUGGGAAUAUGAUUUGUAUGUUUAAAUUUUUAUGACUAUGUAAUUCAAAGGAAUGUAUAAACUGUCAUUAUUAAGUGGCUUUUUAAACGAUAAA